AUGCUUAGCCCGAGAUACAUAGGACCUUAUCAGAUCUUGAGAUGGAUAGGUGAAGUCGCAUACCAGUUAGCGUUGCCUCCUUCACUAUCAGAACUGCAUGACAUAUUCCACGUGUCUCAGUUGCGGAAGUUUGUGCAGGACUCAUUUCAUCCCAUCCUACUGGAUACGAUUGAAGUAGAACCAGAUCUUUCAUUCCAACCGCAGUCGUGUCGUAUUCUGGAAUAUGAUAGCAAAUCGUUAAGGAGUAAGGAGAUACCUCUUGUGAAGGUACUGUGGGAAGAAUCGCGUCCUGACGAAGCUACUUGGGAGCUCGAAGCAGAGAUGCAGGAAUUGUACCCUCACCUAUUUUGGUAA